AUGCGCAAGAGGAGUGGCUUCUUCCGCCGAAAGCUUAGUACCUCGCUGUCUCAAGCCGAUUUGAACUGUCAAGAUUCACCCACGGCCAAUACUCACCAACCACUCGAGCUGACCUUCACCCCAACUCACUCCGAGUCACGCACCCCUCGCCACCCUCUGACCAGCGACUCGUCCCACCACCAUCACGCUUCCAACUUAACCCCUCCAGUGCCUAUCAUCCCACUUUCCUAUCAUUCCAGCUCAAUCACCCCAUCAAAUCCGCCUCCACCCAUGCCUCUCAAGUCACGUCUCUCCAGCACUGCUUCGACCCGCCAUUCCCAACAACAUGCCCAUUCAAUAGACUCACAGGACUCCAAGCAGCCAGGCUCAUCUACUCCAACUCACUCAACCCCAUCACUUAACUCUCACCAAGAAGCCUUCCGCCAGUCUAUGUCUGCCUCUCAGCUGACCCGUCAUGGCUCGCCCUCUGAAUCUCUCUUCUCGCCAAGCCCCUCCAGCAGGUCACAUAGCCCCGCACACAGUUCCUUCAAACAUCAACAGCAGCAGCAACAACAACAACAACCCCCCUUACCAUCCCCUUCUUCUCAGCCCAAGUCUUCGUGGCUGCAUUCAACCUCCCGCGCUCUAGUCUCCUACAGCGAGCGCCCGGAUCCUCUAAGCCCGCGAGGGGCCCAAUCACGUUCCCCAAGCUCAAACAACUUCCCCCCCACGUCGUUGUCAAAGACUCGAACCGUCCCAGCAUCCUUUGACUCCGGUGGGCCAGGUAAAAAUCGUCCCGUGCUCACUUCCACUACCUUUGUGGGCUCGAAUUCGAGCACCGUCGACGGUGGCCAGAUUGGGCUUCCAGGCGGUUCACUUACUCAGCAUGCCUCGGCAUCUCUUUCAUCAUCCUUUUUGCCGGAUUCCCCUUCUCAAUCUCAUCGUUUAUCCAAUCUCUCGAGUACCACCGGGCUGAGUGAGGAGGAAAAACUUCGACUGAGCCUGGAGCGUUGGAAUAUCGAUCAAGAUGGUAUCCUUCGAGGCGGUCUAUCCUCCAUCUCACCUAUGACUCCUAAAGCUUCUGCAUCUGAUCUGAACGACCCUAACAACUCGCACGUCCAAGACGGCGCGAUUUCUGAGCGGGCGUAUCACAAGUCGCUAAUCCUGAGCCCGCCUUCGAUCCAUCAGUAUAACCUAACUAAGAAUCCACUUCCUCCAGACAGCUCCACCCUCUCUGCCACUCCUUGUUUACCCAGCUUGGUGAAUCCGAACCGUACCGCCAUCCAGGCCAGAUAUCCGGCCGAACCUUUUGACAAGUCCCACAGCAGUCUCGCACGGAUCAGAGCACUCAAUCUCGAUACUUCCACAAGCCCCAUCCCAUCCUCCAGUCUGGCACUCGUUUCACCUCUUGCCCUCAGCUCGAAGCAAAGCCCUUCAAGCGACAGCUCAACAACUCAGGUCAAUCCCGGAUCGAUUUCAUCACCCAACUUGAGUACCUCAGGCCUUUCCAGCUCGCAGCAGGGUUUCGUGUCCCGAGCGAGCUCGAUGAAAGAGAGUCGCGAUGUCAGUGUUAGCCCGGUCACUUCUACCCGUGGCAACAGCCUCCGACGGCGAGGCUACACCGAGGAUGACCAUGCACUGGCACCGAAGCUGCUCGGAAGUCAAUUCCCUGCCCCAUCAAGACAUCCCAGCCUCCGUCCUCAGACAGCUUCACAGCCCGUAUCUCGCACGACCAACCUUGAAACAGCUCCCUCUAAUACGGUUGAUCAGCAGCUUGGACUCGCACCUGAAAAUGAAGAUAGCGAGACUGAUGAUCCUUUAUCUCUUCUAUCGCCCAGCAUCCGGCUCGUAUCCUCCUCCCACACUACUUCUACAUCGGAGCAAGACCACGCAAAUCCUCCUGUUGCAGGUAAUCAAAACGCCCCUAGCCUUUCAACCUCCUCCUCCUCCUCCUCCUCCCCUUCCAAACAACCCAUCAGCUCGACAACUCCAUCACAUCCAAGAUCAUCCAUUUUUAACCGUGGAGAUCCCUCCAUAUUUACCAAGCCGUCUGGACAUGCCUCGCCUCCCAUCAGGGCUCAUCAUGCUCAGUUGUCCAAAACUGCUCAACCCAAGCGAGGCAACGCAGGUUUAGGUAUCAAGCCAAUCGUCGAGUCUGAUCGUCCUGUCACCCAACAUAAUCCUCAGCUUCAAAGACGUGACAUUGACAAGGCACAGCCAAUAAAGUCGGGCGCCUCUAACGAAGAUUCUCGCACCCCUCGCAAUCAUCAAUCCUCUCCUAACUUGAGGGCUCUUCGUCCAUCAACUCCGCCCGAAUCCUCGUUCUUUUCCGUCAUUGUCUCUGGGCCGCAGCAGACUGACGAACAAUCGACGGCAAUCCCACCAGACGGGCGGGAUAAUCUCACCGUUCAUCCCCAAUCACACACCUUACAGAACCCAAGUUCCUCUUCUAAUUCUGGCAACUCAGACAAGUCGGACUCACUCCAUUCGGGUUCGCGACAUUCACUUCACGUUCCGGGUAUGACGCCUGAAGCAAACGCUAGCAGACUUGCCGAGCUUUUCUGGCAGGAGGAUGAAUCGAUUAUUAAGCGUCGAAAGCUGACUGAAUGGCUUGGUUGCCCCGAGACGCCCGAGAACCAGUUACAAGUUCUAACGCGUCGCGCGUUCAUGGACAAGUUCGACUUCAAAGACCUCAGAAUUGAUCUUGCUUUCAGGAAGCUCUGUACGAAGAUGUUUCUCAAGGGUGAAACUCAGCAAGUCGAUCGAAUCUUGGCCGAGUUCAGCCGUAGGUAUUGGGAGCAGAAUCAGUCCAACAUCUACGUCAAUGCUGAUAUGGUUCAUGCUAUGUCUUACUCGAUUCUUUUGCUUAAUACCGAUCUACACGUCGUUGACACGACUUCCCGAAUGUCACGUUCACAAUUUGUCCGUAACACGAUGGAGACCGUCUUUGCGCAACUGUCCCACUUGGAAACUCCCGAAGCCAAUCGAUCCAAGGGCUUAUUGAUGGAACCCUCUCGGUCUUCCUCAUCAAACAAUGAAACGUUCGGGAGCAAUUAUAAAGCUGGAAGCAGCGCUGCUAGUAUGGCGAUGCGGAAUCGACGGACCUCGUUUGUCGACAUGAGUCGAGUGCUGCCGGCUUCGGCAAUGUCCUCGCAGACUGCCACUCGGCCCUCGAUGGAGCGAUGGCGGGAUGCGCUCCGGACCGGCUCACAGUCCAUCGUCAAAACUCCCCGUCGGAGCCAAAGUAUCACUUCUUGGCCCAGCGAGGACGACCUUCAAACAACCAGCGCCGGCACUCCUUUGCCAGGGAGUAGUUCUACUGAUCACGAGCGUACUGCGUCCAUCGACACCGGUGCAUCUUGCUCUCCUGCAGCUAAUCGAACCGAAGAUCUCUCAAGCACUGUCCAUCUCAACUCGCUCGAAAACGGAUCCCCGGCUUCAAAGCCUGACAGACCCAACAAAGCCUUGUUCGAAAAGGAAGUCGAGGCCCUCUUAAAGGAAAUUUACAUGGCCGUUAAGAGUCAUCCGAUUGCUCAAAAUCUGGUCGAAUCUCAAUCGCAUGAGCCUGGACCGUAUGGUAGCCUUCAACGGAUAGCAAGUCGACGCAGUCAUUACACUCACGGCGUCGCUGACUCUAUUGGUCCCCAUAAGCGCGCCAGUCUGCGCGGGUUUGGCGGAUUCGCUGCGAUGCUCUCAGCUGGACCGGAUACGCCAGGUGGAAGACCCAACAGUCCAACACCUAGUGCUAGCACCUCGGUUUCAAGCCUGCCUUCGGGCAUGAUGGGCUAUUCGUCCAACGCAGGAUCAUCGCUCAACCUCACCAAUCUGACAACUCCUUCGAUCGGCUUCGUCUCCAACCUCUCGCAAUCGAUCAUCCGUGAACAGCACGAAGAAGAGUCACUCGAGACCAGUCAAAUCGAUGAUGAGCAAACCAGGGAUAGCGAGUUGGCAUUGCUAGGAGCGCCCUGGGCCAAGGAGGGAAUUCUCCAGCGCAAGCAAUAUUGGGAAUCGAAGGGCAAGAGACACAAGGAUCGAGGUUGGGCACAGGUGUUCGUGGUCAUCCAGACGGGUGUGUUGAAGAUGUUUCAGUUUGGUGGCGGUGGCGGUGCUUCUGUUGGUGGAGGCUAUGGCGGCGGUCAAGCUGAAAGCGAAGUCGGACACACCGAGACGAUCGGGUCGGAUGGGAAAUCUGGAGUUGGGGGAGGAAAUUGGCUUCCCAACGCACAGCUCUUGGGGUCAAUCACUCUCUCGCAUGCGCUGACGAGUGUGCUCGUCUCUGGAUACAGUAAAGAACGCUCACACGUCUUCGUCCUGACGCUCUCUAAUGGGGCCUCGUAUUUCUUCCAAGCGGGGACGGAGGAGUUAGUGUACGAGUGGGUAUCGACGUGCAACUACUGGGCAGCCCGGUUGAGCAAGGAGCCGCUGACGGGCGGGGUGUCGAACAUGGAGUACGGAUGGAACCAACUACUGGAGGCGGAACUGCCGAGUGUAGUGGAGAAGAAGGAAGAGUUGCGGGAGUGUCAGGGCGAUCAGGAGGAGAUGAUGAGCAUCGUCAGUGGUCACUCGGGCCACAGUCACAAAGGUCGACGGCUACGCGACCGCCUCUUCACCGGUCUGCCCCUCGGCACUCCUCACUCGCCCACCUCGAUCACCCCGUCCAACCGAGCCAGCGAUGUCGAACAUUGGUCAAACUCUGCUACGAGCAUCGACACCCAUGGUACCCCCUCCCAACCCGAGUUCAAAACCGGCUCCAAUCUCCAUCUCGAUCGCGUGCCUCCUCAACCCCCCGUCCCCGAUAAACUGACCAUCUGCGACUGGAACCCUCCCGUGCCCCCUAUGGCCCUUAGCUCCCUUCCUGAACACGCUCAACUCGAAAACCUUCGACGUCAUAACGCUCACAUGCAAGUAGAACUCGAGAGACAUAAUCUAUUGAGAAGACCGAUGGUCAACAUGUAUUGGAAUCGGCCGAUUUAUCUGCAAAAGGCAAUGGCCAAUUGGGAGAAAAAGUCGCAGUAUCUGAUGGCUGAGAUCAUCAAAUACACCACUUAUCUCAACGCGCUCGAGUCGACUAUCAAGCUCAAACUCUCGCUCGCUACUAAACCCGCACUCGUCCCGCUCUCUUCUUCCUCCUAA